AUGGAGUUUCAUUUAGUAAGAGCAUUCUCUCUCUUCUUUCUCUUUGCUUUUCUAGGAACUCAAGAAAGAACUUUACCUGCAGAACCAGAUCAGAAAUUCAAGACCAAGUUCAAUUAUGGGAGGGCGUCAACGUCAAGCCCACCAUCUCUACCUGCACAGCCAACAAAACAGAUUUUAAGUGCUUCCUCUUCUGCUGCUACAGAUAGUUCAGGCAAUGUUCUCAUGCUGAUCAUGACAGAUUACAAAGCCGCCGCACCAUCACCACCAAAAUCACUGCCAAUCCACAGGGAGAUUCUGUGUAAGAGGUGGUUCAUGAUCAUGAUCACCAUGACCCAUUGCGGACGGAUUCAAACUUCUACUCCUAUUUCAAGGUCAUCGUGUCCCAUGAGUCCGAUCACGAGCGUUUCUUGUGAUACCGGAAGUGAAUGCAAAGGUAUCAUAGCCAGACCGGGGGCGUCACCACCACCAGCUCCGAAGCCAGAGACACCUACCCACCCAUUAUCAAGUAUUAAUGGAGUAGUGAUGAUACCUCAAAAGCCACCCCCAAAUCCCUACUUAGCCUCAUCUUAG